AUGACCGUGAAGAAGGUGCUAAGUGAAACUUUGAAUGAUUUGAGUUCAGAGGAGCUUGAGGAGUUCAAGUCACUCAUGAAAUAUGAGAAAGAUUUCCCAUACAUCUCAAGAAGUCGACUGAAAGCAGCCAACAAGGCAGACAUAGUGGAGCUGCUGGUGGAGACGAACAGUGCAGAGUGUGUGGAGUUGACCAAAAGGGUUUUAAAGAAGAUGAAGAGGACUGAUCUGGAGCAGAGAUUAUCAGACAUCAGCCCAGGAACCAAAGAGAAACAGCAGCCUCCACUGAUCCAAAGAGUGGAAGCGAUGGCGUCUGUCAUUGAGCUGCUUUUGGAAACAUUGAAAGAUUUGACUGACCGGGAGCUUAAAGAGUUCAAGGAUGUCCUGCAGCGUCAGAAUCCCUUUUACAGACGUUUCUCAGAUUUCUCAUUAAGUCUGUCACAGACAGCAGACAGGCAGGUCAUGGUGUUUUCACUGGUGCUAACUGACCGCCAACAGUCUCUGGAGACGACCAGGAACGUUUUCAGGAAGAUGAACAGGAUUGAUUUGGCGCGGAAGUUGUUAGACAGCAGCUCAGGACCCAAAAAGAAACACUCUUUGGAUGAACACCUGUCUGCACUGAUCCACAAAGUGGCAACAAUGGCGGCUGUGAAAGAGCUGCUUUCAGAAACACUCAGUGAUUUGAGUUCAGUGGAGCUUCAAACAUUCAAGUGGUUGCUGCAGUUCAUGUUCUUCCAGAGGAGCCUUCCUCUUAUGUCACUGACAGAACAGCUGGAGCUAAAGGCAGAAGGUCUGGACUGA